AUGCCGGCAUACUCGUCGCUGUACUCGAAUUUUAUCCGUUCAGGAUCAUCAUUCGCAAAGUCCGCUACUGCACACGGCUACGCCCAGUCUGUUGUCGCGGCGACACAUCCGCACCUCCUCAACUCACAGAACCGACCCGCCUUCACUCGGCGGCAUACGAACCGCCUCGGUCGCCCAUCGCUUCAGCUACACUCCUCUGCUUUCCACACCGAGAAGAACGCGCCCUCGCUUAUCUUCAGCGACCACCGCCACGUUCAAAACCAUGGAGGCCUAGACGGGUACUUCGAGAAUCUACAACAGAUUCAGGAGGCGACCGGAGAAGAAGUUGACAAGGAAUGGACGCAAUAUGAGUUUCCCAAGCGCAUCGAGUGGAAGCCUAGCUCCGACUCUGUCGCGCUCACCGGUGAGCAGGCAGUCGCAGCGGCUGCGGAGGCUGAGAAUGCCGCCACACUCGCGCUCGCGCUCGAGUUGGAGCCCCGGCCGAUGACCCCGGAAGAGCAAGCUGCUCUCGCUCACAUCGAUGCCGCCCUGCAGCGCGAGAUCGAGUUCCGUGAACAGCUCGAAGCCGCCGAAAACGAGCCCCUGCCUCGAUCCCGCACUGCGACACCCGGGUCGAUUGCCCGCUCUUCCACCCCUGUCGACCCUCAAUCACAGUCUUACGCCGAUCAUCUGUCGAAGCUCGCCAACGCUGGUCGAUAUGCCGAGAUCCCCGCGGUUUUUGAGGCCAUGUUGGAGAUGGAAGUGCGGCCCAUUGCGACAGCUUACAACGCUUUGCUGAAGGCCGCCAUCCACCUUCCCACCAAGAACCUCGAUGUCACGUCGAAGCCGCUUGACGUGUAUGCUGACAUGCUGAGAAGGCGAGUCACACCAGACGCGCAGACGUAUGAUAUCCUGGUGGGUUUCUUGGCAUCCCGCUCGCUGGAUGUCUCCCAGUUGAUAGCGACCCUGGAGGCAAAGCGUCAUCGUUUUGGCGGCAUGGAGGAGCCUGGCAAGUUCAUGCUCGCCUCUCACGAGCUAGAGCACGCCUUUUUGUCUGAAGACGAUCGCCUCGACUUUGCUAUGAAGCUGUUCGACAGCUCUGUCGCCACGGAUGCCGACAUGUACUCGUCUGUCACGUACAAGAACAUCAUCAACGCCUGUGCGUCCGCUGGUCGCGUUGCCGACAUGAUCCGCUUGUUCGAGCACAUGGAGAGCACGCACACAGUGCCACACGCAGAAGUCUUCCCGUCCAUGAUCAACGCUUUUGCUCAGUCCGGCGACCUGGUCAAUGCCGUCGAGUGCUACAACGAGUAUCGCGCCUUGGCCAUCUCAAGCGACGCGGGUACUGAUGCUCUUUUGGAGCGCCUGGAUGCCGAGGUCUAUGCUGCUGUCAUCCAUGCAUACGUCGUGUCGGAUAAGAUUGAGGGAGCUAUGAAAUUCUUCCAAAAGCUGGUCCAAGAAUAUGGCGUUCGGGCCGUGGACAUUAAGAACGUCUUGGUCAGCCAGGGGUUUGUCAAGGGCUUCAUUGCCCGCGGCAUCUUCGAAGAGGCGAUUUACUGGACCCAGUCGAUCGAGGCGACUUCCCGCACAAAGGCCUUGGCCGAGAUUGUCGCCGUCACUGCUGACCAAGGCGAUCACGUCGUCGCUACUGAGGCAUACGCCUGCAUUCCAUCGGAAGCUGACCGUGUUGCGCCGUCAACCGCUAUGCUUGCCAUGAGCAUUCGCAGUGGCGAUGUUGUAUCCGCUUCCAAGUACUGGAAUGUCCUCCGCGAAGCACCGGCGGACGCUUCUCUCAUCGACCCAACCGCCAUGUACGCCGUCGCUAUGAUUGGGUCUGGCCAGGUUGUGGAGGGUCUUAGCGAAGCAGAGAAGAUGUUUGGCAAGCUUCGCGCUGCUGACGCCCAACUUGUUGAGCCCCUUGACGAGGCACUCAAGUUCAUCGGCCAGUAUAUGGCGGUGCGGGGCAUCAUCGAUCCUCGCGAGGUACCGUCGCCUGUGUCAAGCCUUCAACAACAAUCCAUGACCAGCAGCUCCCCUUUCCUGUCUUCGGAGACGAGUGCCAGCUACGAGGACACUUUUGAUCCUUAUGCUCACAGCACCGACUUCAAGGGGUCUUCCCUCAUUGCCGACGAUCUCGAGGGAAGCCACGGCCGCAAGGGUCCUCGCAUGUCUGAUGCUCUGCAUCGCUUCAAAAACAUGCGUCGUGCGGGAAGGCACCCACGAUACAUCACCUACGCCAAGCUCAUCACUGCUGCCGCUCGAGACGGCAAGAUGGAGCUGUGCCAAGACAUUCUUGCGAUGGCUAGAGCUGAUGUACCUUUGAUGCCCCAGUAUGCCGUUGUUCGCUAUGGCUGGUCGUCGAUCCUUGACGCCAUGGUCGGUGCUUGCUUGAACCUAGGCAACCGAGGUCGUGCUGAGCAAUACCACCAGGAGCUCCUCGACAUGGGUGCUGCGCCCUCGGCCAACACCUUUGGGCUAUAUAUCACAACGCUCAAGGAGUCGACCAAGACAUUUGAUGAGGCUUCUGAGGCUGUGCGUAUCUUUCACCGUGCCAAAGCCGAGGGCGUCGAGGCCAGUUCCUUCCUCUACAAUGCUCUGAUCGGCAAGUUGGGCAAGGCUCGCCGCAUUGACGAUUGUCUCUUCUACUUUGCAGAGAUGAGGUCACUAGGCGUCAAGCCCACCUCGGUCACUUAUGGGACUGUUGUUAACGCCCUGUGUCGCGUGAGCGAUGAAAAGUUUGCUGAAGAGCUGUUUGACGAGAUGGAGGCCAUGCCGAACUACAAGGCUCGCCCCGCGCCGUACAACAGUAUGAUGCAGUUUUUCCUCACCACCAAACGCGACAAGAGCAAGGUGUUGUCGUACUUUGACCGCAUGCAAGCUCGCGGGAUCGCACCCACAUCGCACACCUACAAACUUCUUGUGGACACCUAUGCGACACUGGAGCCUGUCGACAUGGAGGCUGCCGAGGAGGUUCUGGCCAAGAUCCGCGCUGCUGGCCAGCGUCCCGAGCCAGUGCACUUUGCAUCUCUCAUCCACGCUCGAGGUUGUGUUCUCCAUGACAUGCCUGGGGCCCGCAAGAUGUUCGACUCCAUCAUCAGCGAGAAGCUCGUGCCCAUGAACGCAAGCUUGUACCAAGCUCUUUUUGAGGCCAUGGUCGCGAACCACAACGUGGCUGAUACCGAGUCAGUUCUCGAGCACAUGCGUAGCCAGCGCAUCCAGAUUACACCCUACAUCGCCAACACGUUGAUUCAUGGAUGGGCUGCCGCAAAGAACAUUUCGAAGGCCCAGGCUAUCUACGACGCUGUUGGCCGCGAGAAGCGUGAGCCUAGCACCUAUGAGGCCAUGACCAGGGCGUACCUUGCUGUGCACCAGCGUGACCAGGCCAAGGGAGUUGUUGGGGAGAUGCUCACACGAGGCUACCCGAGCGCCGUGGUGAACAAAGUACUGGAACUGUUGGGCGGUGGCCACGAGGCUCCCCCGUCAUAG